AUGGUAACACUAGAACAGGACGGGACUUCAGUUGCAUUACCCUCAGAGGACAUAUAUGCACUGUUCGAUGGAGGCUUAAAGUGUAAUACAGAGGAGCCGGAUGAAUGCUGCGAGCAUAGUGGGAAUAAUGUCAGGACAUUGUUGCAAGUGUGGCUAAGGGGUGCUUUAAAUCUAGCCAGUGAAAUUGAGCAGACUUAUUGUUAUGCUUGUGCAAUGGAACAAGGGGAGCCUAAUGGUGACUGGUGUCAUCUCUUUUAUUAUUGGUUAGGUACAAAAAUAAAGGGUAUUUUGAAUAAUCGGGACUUUGCGGACAUUAUGAGGAGAAUUUACAGUAAACUGCCGGGGGACCAGUGCAGGAGCUACUUCAAUAAUUUAUACGACGACGUUGGCCAACACGUUUUCGAAAAUAGUAAAGAACUAUUCGAUAAUGAUUAUGACUACAGGGCUCUGCAACCGCAACUGGGCGGUUAUACAUAUCCCCGGUGUCUAAGGUAUAAUGGAAACUUGGGAAGAGUAAGAGAUGCAUAUUCGCAGUUAUGUAAUAUUUGUGGGGAGGGUGAUGGUGAUAAGUAUUGUAAGAAAUUUAAAGUGGAUCACUGGGGUGGUAAGCAGUGGAAACAGCAGAAACUACCAGAAUUAACGUGCAGUAAUGAAGGGGAACCAAAGCAAGACGAGGAAGAUGAGGAGGAACUUCUUGAGAGUGGGAGUAGACCUCAAGAACUGGGACUUAAACCUCCAGCUAUAGUAGGAGGCACAAUGUCGAUUAAUUUACCCUCAAGUAAUGAAUACCAAAAUUUCGAACUUAGCUGGGAACCACACAGUAAGAAUGGGACAGUCAGCACAAUAAAGGGUGCCCUGCAGAGUGCAUUACGGGGCAAGCUGAAUAAUUAUAAUUGUAUAAAUAAAAUUGCAGGUGUCUGGUAUUAUAUCACGGAUGUAAUGUACAAAAAGAGUUCAUCCUAUGAUAAACGUUGUGAUUUCUUCUAUUAUUGGCUAGGAUCUACCGUGUUGGACAAUUUAAAGGAAGGUUCUUCAUUUCAGAAUGCGAUGUAUGAAAUCUACACAAAAUUACAAGAAUCAUCAGGUAGAAAUGAAUGUCCAACUAUAACCACUACUGUAGAUGGCGUAACAUUCGUACAAAGGAAAAGGAUGUUCGAUUAUUGGCAUGACCAUAGUACUAUACGAACACUUGUACAGAAGAGUGGGUCCAGUUGUGAUCAGCAAUACGGAAGUUACCUGGGGCACAUUCAUGCAGCAUAUGCAGCUGUGGAAAAAGGCUAUGAAGGGGGCUCCGAUGAAUACUGGUACAAAUUCUGGAGCAAGAAUAAGAAUGCUAUUAGUGAGGAAUUAUCAAAUUUAACAUGCAAUAGGGAUUCCGGUUCUACUGGAACCUGGAGCCCAGGUUCUUCGGGUACCGGUUCCACGGGAACUUGCAAUCAAAAUUGUGACACUGUCUCUGGUGGAGAAGGAAAAGGAGGGAGUGACGGUGGUGGUAGUCAUAGAAAAGAAGGCGAAGAAGCACAAAUUGCUAGCAGCAUCAUUCCUGGUGCUCUGUCAGGUGCAUUAGCUGCAGUAGGAUUACCAACAAUCACGUUCUUUCUAUAUAAAGUAAGCACAUAA